AUAAUAAGAUAAUAAAUUCAUAACCUAUCUUUUAAAUUAAAACAUUAAAACUAAGAAAUACUCGAAAAAAUAAAUUCUGUUUUUUGUAAGUUACAUUGUAGUAUGUUUAAAGUGAGUGCAAUAUUUUUUGAAAGCAAAUUAGUAUCAUAUUGAUCAGGAAUCUGUAUUGUAACUGUUAGUUUUAUCAGUUCUGAAUGAUGAAUUACACUUAGUUUUGUGUUAAAUGUAGUAAGGGCAGAACAAAUUAGCAAUGUACAAUGGAAGAGAAAGCCAUCAUUCAAAUUUAGUUAAUAGAAAACAUUCGAAGUCAAGGAGUCAUAGAAGCAGAUCCAGAUCACGUCAAAGAAGUAGAUCUAGGUCUCACAGUAGGAGAAAACAAGGUAGAUCAAGAUCAAGAAGUGCAAAAAGAAAUAGAUCAAUUUCACCAAGCCAGAAAUUUAAAAAUAAUAAAGAUGCAGAUUCUCAAAAUAGAAGUGCUUAUAAAAGCUAUCAAAAGCAAGAUAAUUGUAAAAAACAUAUUCAUCAUGAAAGUCAUACCACUUCAAGUUGGGGUAAGCUAAAAAAUAAAAGGCUUACAGAAGAAGAGGAAUUUCUAGAAAUGCGAAGAAAAGAAAGAGAGUUUAUUGGAGCAAGACAAAUUUCUACCAUUUGGGAAAAAUCGCCAGAUAUAAGCCAGUUUUCUAGUUCUGAUGAAGACAGUACUAAAUCCCAUAAGAAUGCAAACACUCACAAAGAAAAAAAAAGGAAAGACAAAAAGAGUAAGAAAUUGAAAAAUAAAAAGCACAAGAAGGAAAAGAAAAAGAAAAAAAAGAAAAAGCAGGCUCCUUCAAGUGAAAAUUCUUCAGAAGAUGAGUGGGUUGAAAAAGAUGGAAAUAAAGACUUAAAAGAAACUUUAGUAGAGGAAGAGGAUAACAUCAUUGGUCCCCAGCAAAAAGCCCAUGCAACCCUGACUCACAAAGAAAUGGGAAGAGCUUUACUACCAGGAGAAGGUGCUGCAAUGGCAGCAUAUGUAGCUGAAGGCAAACGCAUACCUAGAAGGGGAGAAAUCGGUCUAACGUCAGAUCAAAUUGCUACAUUUGAGUCAGUAGGGUAUGUUAUGUCAGGGAGUAGGCAUAGAAGAAUGGAAGCAGUGCGCAUUCGUAAAGAAAAUCAAAUCUACUCUGCAGAUGAAAAACGAGCGUUAGCAAUGUUCAGUAAAGAAGAAAGACAGAAGAGAGAAAAUCUUAUUUUGGGACAAUUUAGAGAAAUGGUAAAAGCUAAACUAGCUGACAAAGAUGAACAAUAAUUUAAUGUUUUAUUUUAUAAAUCCAAGUUAUAAUCUAGUUUGCAUUUAAUUAUAAUCAUCAGUGUAAUAUGUGUAAUUAAUAGGUACUUAUUAAAGUAUUUAGAUUUUA